UAUUUAUUCCUCGUAAUCCAUGACCAAAAACACCCAUCACAUGGCAAAUGAGCUGUGCUGUCAAAAAUGACAGCAAAAUCAUAGCCUGUAUAUGAAUAUAACACAUAAUGCUCAGCUCAGCUCAUCUACCAAUCCCAAUAUAAAAUCUGGGUUUCUUAGCUGUGAUCUCGAAAAGCACAUGGCUACCUUGCCCACAUGGCUUUUCUUAAUCAAAUUCCUCCAAUAGAUGACAUGAUAAAACGACGGUAAAAUGCAAAAGUAUCCCCUUUGUCUGUCUUUUCUUGCUUAUGAUACUCAGUUUGCAGUGACGGAGAAAGUUGAAGCUCUCGAUCUUUUAGAGGAGUCCAGGUUUUUCGAGAACUUAUUCGAUAGGAGAAGAAGGAUGUUAAGAUUUUAUUCGGAUCCUUGUACUUCACCGAAUUUCAGCCAGGAUGUUUUGACUAAAGAUUCAUGUGAACAAACCGGCAAUGGUUUGGUUCAUGCACCAUCAGUACCGCCCUGCAUAGGUAGGGAAGAAGAGGUUCAAGAAAGGAAGGACAAUAGUGGGAAGAUCAAAUUGAAUAGGCAGUUAUCAGUUCAGAUAUCGGAAAUGAUGUGUUCGGAUCGUAAGAUACAUGAGAUUGAAUCGAGCGGACGUAACUUACUAAGAACACCUUCUUUGCCUUCUCCAAGGGGGACUAAUGAGUUAACUCCGGAUAAUGACAAUGAUCUUAGAAUGAGCAAAUUGAUCCGACAAGAAGUGGGUAACUCACCAAAUAUAUUGCCCCCAAGGCACAGUCAUAGCAAGGCAAUGAACUUGCAAAGGUCUAGUAGACCACCAAGAAACCAAGAAGUGGAAGCCAUUAACAACGCGACCGAGGCCUCGGUCAUGAGAGGACAGCAUUUGAAUCCAAACCGGAUGCUGCGAAAAAGCCGUGGCGAUCUUGCAUUCCAAGAACUGCAAGGGUUCAAGGACUUAGGAUUCACAUUCGACGACGAAGAUUUGAGCCCCCGAUGUGGUUAGUAUACUCCCAGGCUUUCAGGGAACUAAGAUAGAUGAGUUGGAGCAAGGGAAAGUGAGGAAGCCAUAUUUGUCCCGAGGCAUGGCUCGUACAAGGCCCUGCACCUCCUCUUCCAGCUUGUGUAACUAAGAACUCAGUAGAGGAUAUGAAGGCACAAAUCAGGUUUUGGGCCAGAGCUGUUGCAACUAAUGUUCGACAAGAAUGCUGAGAAUUCAUUACAAAACUUGACAUUACUAUUUCUAAUCUAAUUUUUCCAGUUUCCCAGAUUUUAUUUUGUUAUCAUUUAGGACUGAUAAUAUAUUAUUUCCCCAGUGUUCAUGUUCCAAAGGUAGCCAAUAGGAGAAAAGUUCUUGUCCGAUACCAAGACAGAUAUUUGUAAAUAUUUUGU